UAGCAACGAUCAACAUUUCUAAAGCGAUUAAAGUGUCGACGAGCACGGACAGUUAAUAAUAACGACAGGAACUGUAUGAGUACGCACACACAGUUACUAAUGACGCUCCACGUACUUCUUCCAGGAGAUAAUUAGCGUUACGAUCGUAACACAGCAGGCGGAGGGUCGUGUCACGGUGUUAGCCUGUGACAGAUGGCAAAGAUGCUGACUGAAAAGCUCAGUUUGACUUGUGACAGACUCCUGUCACACCGGCAACUCGCAUGCUGUUACUCUUAUUUUAGCAUACCACAGCACGGCAAGGAAGUGCUCGUUUACAGCACAAGGGACGGACAGCAGAAGCCCCUCAUACUAACUGGUCACCAUGGUGACAUCAGUGCCCUUACUUUUGGAAAAAGAAGCAGUCCUGUUAUCCUCUGCUCCGCCUCUGCUGAUUACGUCAUUGUCUGGGAUAUUGAAUUGUGCCAGAAGAGAACACAGGAGGGUAAAGUUGCAGCUGGAACAGUUAUCGGGACUUUGCUGGGGGAGGUUGUUCAUCUUUCAUUUUGUUUCUCUGAUGCACGAGUGGCUGCAUGCACGGGAGCAACUGCAUGUAUUCUCAGCUCAAAGAGACCAGAAACUAUCCAUACCUUGACGGGCCACCUGGGACCUGUAACAUCAGCAGAGUUCUGCCCCUGGAAUAACGAUAUCCUCGUCACCACAUCAGAAGACCGCACCUUUAGGGUGUGGGAUUUAAAAACUGAAGCUGUUUUCUUCCAGUCGUUUGUGCUUUCAGCCUCUCCACUGCUCACUACAUACUUCUUGGAAGAGGACAGGCAUCUUAUCACCGGUUCAACUGAUGGACAGGUGUGGUGCUUUUCUCUCAGUGACGACCACAAGUGUCACCUAGUGACCAAAAUGGACCUUGAGAAGAUGGAAAAAAGACAUCAAAUGCACCGAGAGACUGUGAGCCAUCAAGCAGGGUGUGUUUUAAAAUCGUCUGCUGAUAAAGUGGAGACUUCAAAACCUGUUCUCAAAAUGGCUUUAUGUAGGCCUCUAUCAGACAUCAAUGGUGACCAAGAAAAUGACAACAGCUGGUUUUGUAUUGGAAGCUCUGAUGGUCUGUAUGUGGUUGAUCUGGCUACGUCUGAACUGGUAACAGCGCUAUAUUUCAAAGAUUACCCUAAACUGAGCAUCACUAUGGCUGGCUCAUGGACCAUCUCUCCAGGGUGUGAUAACUCUAUGCUGAUGUUAGUGAGCUCUUUGUUUACCCCAUGUGUGGUCAUGUUGGAGGUGCGUCUAUAUGACCUAGGAAGGCCCUUGGCUUGUGGCAAAGGAUUUUCAGUGUUCCCAAGUUCUUCUCCGCUGCCCAAUUCUCCCCUCAAUACUGAGCUAAAGAGGAAGGAGCCCAGCCAUCCUAAAAAGAAAGGAGGUGUAAAGGACCAGCCUCUGGUUUUCCACUGUAAAGUGAAGUCAUCUGGAUAUACUAGUGCCCCGAGGAGGAUCAUGUUUUCACCCAAAACAAAUGUUCAAAAAAAUUCUUCCUCUAGGAAAAAGGCUGAUGGAAAUACAGGUUCCCUCCUUAAAGAUUACCCAGCAGACGGUGUGGCACCGGCUAUCCCGUGUGCUGAUGUGAGCGUGAAGAAGCAUGUCUCAUGCCUUCAGUAUUCAGGUGAUGGAAAACAAAUCCUGUGUGGUCUUGGAGACAGCACACUGUUACUGUACAAGUCCUGCCUUACUGGCGCUCCAGCUGUCUACCUAGGGCAUGACAAGCCAAUAAGCAGUUUGAGCUGGAGCCUUAGCAGACGGUGGUGGCUGAGUGCGUCAGAAGACCUGUCACUCCAAAUCUGGACUCACUGUAACUCAGAGCCUGCCAUUAUCAUGGGUGACAAAAUGUUCUCCAAACCCAUUAGAGGUGCUCAGUUUUAUUAUCUCGACAAAUUUGUACUUCUGGCAUCCGGGCCCUCUCUGUACCUGUACCUGUAUAACCUGGACAUCACACGCGAUGACAUAAAAAGAUAUCAUCAACGGAGUGUCAGCAAAUUGGCUGGAUGCUUUACGACAACAUCAGCAACAGACAUCACCGCCUUGUCUGCGAUCAAUGAUUUUUUUUCCCACAUUGUUUUGGUGUGUGGGUCAGAUCGGUCUAUUCAAGUAUUUGACAUGAACAAAGGCACAGUUGCCUCAGAGGCGCCUGAUGCCCACAGCAGAGCCAUCCACUGCAUCACACAGAACAAGGGAUCAGCGUUUAGCUCACAGGCUCCAGAUUCAUACAACCUCUUCCUGACCAGUGCUGUCACUGAUGGUAUGAAGAUUUGGGACCUUCGAACACUUAGGUGUGUACGGCGUUAUGAGAACCAUGUAAAUCGCUGCCAGCCCUGCUCUUCAGCCGUUUCGCCAUGUGGACGCUUCAUUGCCACAGGCUCUGAGGAUAACUGUGCCUAUGUGUAUGACAUCCGUAGCAGCAACUAUCUCCACAGAUUACAAAACCACUCAGACACUGUGCUUAAUGUGGCCUUCAACCCUGCUACACCACAGCUGCUAACUGGGACCCUGGAUGGGAAGCUCAGGCUGUUUAAGUCUAGCAGUGGCUCUUCUUUGUCCUGUGACACCAGCGCUGCCGUGCACAGUGUCCUCAACAAGACUGUGUAAUUACAGCUGGCCCCUGCAGAGCCCAUGCAGGUUUUAUUAAUGCAGUUCCAAGUGGGAUUUUCAUUGGGAAAGAAGAAUUUAAACGUUUUCUUUUUUUGCUCUUGGUUUAAUGAAAAACAGGUAGAGUUAUAUAAAAAUGUGCUCUUGUGUGUUCUUCCUCGGUGCUUAAAAUUGUCAGUAGAAACCAGCCAUUUCAGAUCAUUCGUCUUUGUUAAACUUCCUGCCCAUGCUUCCAGCGCAUUUCUUAUUUAAAGGGAGCGCGCUGCUUUCUUUGAACUCAUUUAGCUGCAUUUUUGUGAUGCACGAUUUAGUCAAUUAAACAUAAUAUCACUAAAUUUGCCAAAAACAAUUAUUAUUAGCAGUUUUUCACAUCUGUUGCACAUUCUGAAUGGUCAAGCAUAACGUUUAGUUUGUUCAGUAUGUGGAACAGAUGUACUUCUUAUAUCGCUGGCUGUGACCUCCACUUAGCAGAUCAGCACGUAGAGCUAUGACAUCAACUGGGUGCAACCACUUUGGCUGCCAGACACACAGAUGCUCCUACUGUUCAUACUGAUGCACCCAUCUCCAUUGUUUGUGCUGGAUGUUUAGUCCUUUCUACCUUAGUCACAACAAACUGUCAGGUACUCUAAUACAUAGUAGAGGAUAUAAAGGCUCAAUGUGAAAUUUGUUCAAAAAUUGUUGAAUUUGUUGAAAAAUUGGUUUGCAACAACACUAUUUACAAAAAAGCUGGCAAGCUUAAAUUUCUAAGGUUUCCCAUUUGAUGCAAGAUUCCAGUUUAUUUUCUGUGAGCUUUUUUAAAACACAUUUGUGAUGUUACAGUCUUGUGCCAAAAUAGAUUCAAUUCAUUCUUCACCUCAAAAUUCUACAAAACAAUUUAAAUCUAUUAAAAAUAAUAAAUUAAAAUAUAACAUGUAUAUUCUGAGCCUUUGCCAUGACACUCUGAACUGAACUCAGGGGCAUCCUGUUUCUGCUGAUCAGCUUGAUUGGAGUCCACCUGUGGUAAAUUAAUUUGAUUCAACAUGAAGGUACGCACCUGUCUACAUAAGGUCCCAUAGUUGACAGUGCAUGUCAGAGCACUAACCAAGCCAUGACGUUUAAGGAAUUUUCUGUAGACAGAGGAGAAGGUCCAGAAGGACAACCAUUUCUGCAGCACUCCAGUAAUCAGACCUAUGUGGCAGAACAGCCAAACAAAAGCCCCACCUCGGUAAAAGGCACAUGACAGCCAAAAAGUCUGCCCAAAAGCACCCUAAGGACUCUCAGAUCAGAGAAACAAAAUUCUCUGAAACAAAGAUUAAACCCUUCGGCUUGAAUGCCAAACAUCAUGUCGGGAGGAAACCAGCCACUACUGAUCCCUUGGCCAAUACCAUCCCUACAGCAGAGCAUGGUGGUGGCAGCAUCAUGCUGUGGGGAUGUUUUUCAGCAGCAGGAACUGGGAGACCAGUCAAGAUCAAGGGAACGAUGAAUGCAGCAAUGUACAGAGACAUCCUUGAUGAUAACCUGCUCCAGAGUGCUCUGGACCUCAGACUUGGCUGAAGGUUCAGCUCCAAACAGGACAACAAACCUAAGCACACAGUCAAUAUAACAAAGUAGUGGCUUCAGGACCACUCUGCGAAUGUCCUUAAAUGGCCCAGCCAGACGCCACUAAGUCUCUAUUCUUUUGUGUCAUUCUUAUAUCUCCAAACAAGGUGACAGAUUAAUAUGUUUUCUCUUACAUUGAUUUGGAAAUAAAAUCAAAAAUAAUUUUUGAAGUCACAAAGUCAUCAAUCCUAUAUCGCAUGUCCUCUUAGGUUCAACAUUAAGAUAUUCUUUCUAUCUCAAGUUUAAUACCACAGUUUAUUGCUAAGUAACGUUUCCUGGUGAUGUUUAAUUUUCUUUGGAAAAACAGUUACUAUCUCCUGCUCUGCUGCUCCUGUCACCUCCACCAUAUUAUAAGCCUUAACUCAGUCUUCAGACAGAAAGGAGGAAUGCUCAUCCCCCAUCUGCAGGGGGACAUAAUUUCAAGCAUCACUCAUCCCCUGUCCAUUAGGAAAAGAUAUCAGAGUUGACGCAUUAUGUGAUGGCGCUAAAUCCACUGAUAGUAUGCUCAGUCUUAACUUCCUCAGACUGUUUUCCAAAAACUGCUCAUCUGUGUCUUGUCCCCUGUCCAGUAUUCUGUAUUUGAUUUACUCUGCCCUUUUUGGACUGCUUACUUUAAUUGAUACCAAGGCAGGCUGUCUGUGAGGAUGUGCAGUGCGAUCCUCAGCUAGAUCAUGAAGUAUAGCUUUGAAGUUGCACAGUAUCAGCUGCCAGAUAUGGAUAGGAUUUAUAGGGUGGUACCUCUUGCUUUGUCAUGCAUUACAUUAUGUAUGUACUGUGUGUGUGUGUGUGUG